GAACUCUGAACACACGAUUCAUUGGGCAAUUCCUUUCUAUUUCCGCGACAAGAUCGAUACUCUAGGAUGAUAGUACGGGAUCUAGCCUGAUGUCAGAGGGGGUCUAUUCUCCGCGACAUGAGUUGGCGAAGACUCUAGAAGAACGCCAGACUAAGCCAUAUUCACAACAACACGAAUCAUGUCAGGCUUCACCGCACUCAACGUUGAGCCUGAGGAUGCCUUCGAAGAGGAGAUCGAUGAUACGAAGGAGAUUCAACUCGAAGAAGCCUUCAAGCUCUAUCAGAAUGCCUUGAAGCUCCAUUCGCAAGGCCCGGAAUACUUCGAAGAGGCUCUUGCUGCCUACAAAGAAUUACUACAGUCCGAAAUAUUCAAAUUACCAGAAAUCAUCUCCGAAUACACCCACGAUGAAAAUGAGGACGACCAGGCAACAGAGGUUGCUCAGCCCGAUGCUGCUACAGUGCCACUUCUCCCGAGUAGCGCUGCCGAAAGUUCCGCGAGUUCUAUACCUCAGCUACUCUAUCUCGCCUACAAGAACAGGGGCCAGUUUGUUUUGGAUGUGGCCCAUCAUGAACUUCCUGCCAAGAGAGGCUCCAGGGCUGAAUUGUGCCGAUAUUACGCCAAGCCAUGCAGUGAAAGCAUCGCAGAUUUUGCCAGGGCUCUUGAACGCGACGACGCCGAUCUAGAUCUGUGGAAGCGGUCUGCGCGUGUUGCGGACGUUCUGUCAUCACAAAGAAUAGCUCGCUUCUGCCUGGAGAGUGUCCUGGCAGGUGAUGAUGAAGACGCCGAGCAAACCAUUGAUGUGUCGGGUCUGGAUGAAGCGUUCGCAGCUGGUGAGCUCGAGAAAGUGGUCGAAGUCUUAGAAGAUGACCUCAGCCGCUUGCGAAGCUCAAAUGUCAAGGUCAAGGAUCCCCUGUUGGCUGCACUGCGGAAGACGAAUGACCCUUAUUCCUUCCUUCCCAAGCGUGCGCAGAGCCUCGAGUACCUUGACGACCGGUACAGACCCCUAAGCUUCGGAGUAGCCGCAGUUCCUUUGCGCCCAAUUGCAGGCGAUUUUUUCCCUCUUGGACGUGCGAUCCAGCAGGUGAUUUCGGACAUUCUAGACGGCCCUACCACUCUUGGGUCAGCAACAACCGUCACAGUCUCCUUACCAGACACGCAACUGGACCAUCACGACAUAGAGAUGAGCUUCCCAAAUGCAGAGACGAGCAAUGAACAAGGUCACGCGCUAUCGGGCAAAAACUUGGAGAUUAAGGGUGCUCCGGAAGCUGUUGCCAACGACGUGGCCAUGGUUGAAUCUCCUCAUCAAGAGAGUCCAGCGGAUGCGAAUGCGCAGAUCGGGGAACAUGAUCACGAUGGAGCUGACGAGGCCGUUGAUGAGAGCACGAUUGAAGUUCGCACUGCUCCUUCCCGGCUGCCAGAAGACACACUUCAAAUACCUAGGAAGCGAUCUGCAACUGCAGCUGGAAACGAAGAACUAGAAGGCCGUACAAAGAGCAAGAGACUACGCGCAAGAGAAUCUUUGGCUGAAAUAACCGCACAUGAAGAUGAAGUGCAACCUGAAGACCCACAACAUUUCCAGGACCAAUUGGUGACGUACGAACAGGCCGACCAGGCGGCUUUUGAUGUUGCCAACUCUUUGCUUGCAAAGUUCAAUCUGAAGAUCUACCUUUCUGCCGUGGAAGCCAGACAAGUAUUCUGGCAAGGCAGCCAAGACAACGACGCUGAGGGUGGAAAUCGCAUGCCCGAAGAUGACCUGAUUUUGCUUGGGGAUCUCAAAAUGGCCUUGAAAAACUGGUCAGAUGAGAAAAGUCAGGCUCUUAUCCAGGGGCACGGCAAUCAAGACUUUCCUGAAGGCUCGACAGGCAUGUCUUUGUUUCUUCAGCACUCAAAAGCUACCAGCGCGAGGCGAGCUUUACCCCCGGCAGGUUCCAACGAAUACGCGUUCUCCUCGACAGUCAAGUAUAUCAACGCACAACCAACGAACAUCUACGAUGCUGCUUAUCAAUGGUUGUUCUCGGCGUUGGUCACUGGGGAAGACUCCGACUGCCGCUUUGUGUCUUCCUACAUGAGAGAAUCAUGGUCUGAAGAAUUGAAACAGACAGUGGUCCAAUUGGCCAUGGCUAUAGAUUCCUAUCUAUUAGAGACUUUGCGCCAGAGUCAUUCAUCUCUCGCUGCGGACAAGCUGGUAGAAGCCGGUGUGAAGAACCCCUGCAUUACGCGGUUCUUCGAGUUCGUGCAGACUCUUUUCGAGAUACACAUAGAAGUCCACUCAGCAAUCAACAGUCCCGGUGGUACAGCAAAGGACGAAGUUCGAAUUGCGCAGGGCGACCGCCUGCGAAGAUGGGCAAACCUUGCUGACGACUUCAUGCAAUUAUACCUCGACCGCGCUGAGAAGCCGGAAUUGACUGAUACUUUGAUCUUACGCUUUAUCUGGGCAUCCACGACCCACGCCACUUUGGCGGAAGAAGUUGAUAAGAAUCACGUUGCGUUGUGCUUGGAGGAUCUGAAAGCAAUCUUGGAAAGAGCUGGCGCAAAUCCAAUCUAUCUGCCCAACAACAACGCCAUGCCUGUGAUCUCAACGGCAGCUAUUGACCAAGAAAUCUCGCGGUUGAGCACCCUGGACUUCUUCACAAGUGUGUUUGACAGUGACAACAGUGACCCUGUGGCGGUGAUAGAGAAAUUGGAACCAAUCCUUGAGCCACCGUCGGGAGUGUUCGACACCCAUACUUCGGGGCCCGGCACUUCUAGUGGACAUACUGCACAGGCCCAGCAAUUGAUGAAGUUCUUGGAGUCUGGCAACGCUGGUCUGAAACUGUUCCUCUGGAAACGCCUUCAAACCGCCUACACUGCAAUAUCAUAUCCGCCAAAAGUGGUUUCCUGCCUUCUCCGAGGAAUUGAGACGAGCUUCAACGAGUUGUGCACAACCCGGCAUCUAGAACUCGAUGAACCCGACCGUCACAUCUCAAUGCUCAAGUGGCUACGGGAUAUUGACGAGCUCAUGCUGAAGGUGGUUAUCAAGCUGGUCAACGAAUCUAAUGCUUUCGAAUGUGUCGAUGAAGCGCACUUGCUUUCAGCGCUAAGUGCUGUCACUGGCAUUGUCAGACUGCUUCAUGGAUUUGUCGUCUAUGAAGACUCCGUAAGAGUCGGACAAACAACUGGACCACAACUCAAAGGUGCGGCGUCGUUCAAGCUAUACGACAAGAGCAAGGAUCGCUUCAAGGAAAUGUUGGUCCGUGCGUGGACAUUGCAGUAUCUCCUUCUGAAAGAAGCAACAGAGCAGGAUCCGGCUGCAUACUCAAGAGCAACUGACGACUUAGCAGAGUACCUCGGAAGUGUCCAUCAUAUGCUCGGCAUAAGGCAUUAUUGCAAAUAUGGCAACAAGUCCUUCCUCAAGCUCGCAAAGAGUGAGUUGGGCGCUCUCAAAACCCAGCAGGAUUAUUCGGCAGACAUGUCUCAAGUACUUUUUGACCUCUACCAGCUGCACUUCAUCACAGGUAUCGGAGAUCGCAACCAUGGAUGUCCCACUGAAAAUAUGGACAAGAAGACUGCAGCGGCGCUGAUACCGAUCAUCAUGCAAUAUGUGGGUCAGCUUAACAUGAAAGAUAUACUCAAGAGUGAGCUCAAGGGCACCAUUGAGAAGAUACAGUCAGCGUUAGGAGUGGUGAAGAGUACUCCGGCAGUUUCUCACAAUAAGCGAAUCAUCUCGGCGUACCUGAAGUCAACCAUCAACGCAAAUGAUCUUUAUCAGUCUGUCCGCGGCAUUGGUGAUCUUCAGACACGACCUGUACAGAAUGACACACAGAGUGCUGCCAGCCAGGGAUGGUACUUUCUACUUGGCUACUUGGCUCUCGCGAAAUACAAAUCAAUCAAACGGGUUCAGCCCACCCCCACGGAUGAUCUAGAUGUCGCCGCCGCCUUCUUCCGGCAGGACUUGGAUCAUGACAUCGAUAAAUGGGAGACCUGGUACCGACUUGCUCAAGUGUAUGAGGCUAAGAUUGAGGACGAUCUGAUCUGGAACUCAACGAAACUCAACGACUCGAGAGGCGACAUUGCACUUCUUGAGCGUCAAACGGUACACUGUUAUAUCAUGGCGACCGCUUUGGCGUUACGGAUCGCCGACGACAAGACACAAACAGCACAGAAAGUAGAAGAGAUGUUUGCAGAAUUCGGAACUCGCUUGUAUGCAUCUUCCAGACCUCCUUUAAACAUGGAAGCUUUUAGGACCGACAAAAAUGUGCGACAUAUGAGCAGCAUCGUCGAUCAAACAAUGUCGAAGCAGCCAUACUACAAGCCUAUCAGCCAAUAUACACUUUGGCAUUUUGCGGAAUAUCUUCUUAGCAGGAAGUUCACUGACAAGCCAAAGCCGUGGAUGACCCACUAUACGCGCGCCAAAUGCUUGUGGAAGAUGUUUCAGAGUCCAGAAAAUCGCGACCGCAUUUCUCCGGAAGAUGUCGUGGAUACCAUAGUUGAGGCACUCGGUGCUCUGCCGAAGAAAGAAAAGUCAAACGAGCCGGUGUUGGAGCCGCACUACAAGAUCGUUUCGAUUGUUCACAAGAUGGUGAAACGCCGUGUCAUCACACCAACCCUGGGCCGGGAGUAUCUGCAAGCGACCCGCUAUGCCCAUGGAAUCCAUCUCUCUGAUGAUGAAGAAGGGGUCGAGUGGGAGUCCUACGUGCUCGACAUCUUACACAAGCUGGAACAUGCUGAUAAGUCGAAUUGGCAUCAUAGAAUCACGGCUCGUGCUGCCCAUGUGUUAUACGACGAAGACCCUACCGUUGCGAAUGCUCUAGGGGCCAAGUACGAGUUCACAAAACAGAUCUUUACCAAGACCAUGACCAUACAAGUCUGGAAGCCGGAGUUUGAACGCCCUGGAAGACAUUAUGUCUACACCAGUCGGUACGUAACAUUCUUCGCUCAUCUACUCGAGCAAUUGGGUGACCGCGUUAAUCUGGAUCAAUUGGUUCGUCGCAUUCGCCGGAAGACGACCGAUUUCCUCGAUCAUGCCAAAAUCUGGGAAGAAGUCGUAACAGCAUUUGUCCGAUCUCUGCGACGCCUUGGCAAGAUCCCAGAAGGGAAGGAGAGAUUGGUGUUUGACGGCAUGAAUCACGAGGAGUUCACCAAAAAAUCCGAGCAACUGGAGAAAUGGUCGCACGAACCUGAUACGUCCUCGGUAUAUCUAGACAUCAUGAAAGAUGGGAUUGACCUGAAGCGGCUGAACAACAGCUUGAUGAAAGGACCUACGAUUGACGACCUGAUCGGUGACUCGUACGCGUGCCUUUAUGAGGAGUAUGUGAGGCAACUGCCCGCAGAAGAACAACCACAACCACAGCCGCCUGUCCUACCUCAAGGUACCUUCAUCAACAUGACCACCGACGUCGCGCAGCCCGCUGAGGACGACGCCGAGCGGGCUCGUCUGAACGAUCUCCUUCGAGCUCAAGGUGAUGGCGCUGCCGACGGGCCUCUGUCAGUCUCGAUUUCGGCACCGGUUGGCCUCGGUCUGCAAAAUCCUCCCCAACAGUUGCAAAGUGCCGCUGUACAGCUCGAUGCUGCACCUCGCGCUCCUGCUAGGCCUGGACGUGUAAAGACUGUCACUAGGCGUGAAAUCCAGCGCAAGGCCGAAGCAGCGAUAGUCAAGCCGCCACCCAUUAAGACGCCAAUCUUGGGCAAAAGACCGAUUGUGGAGAUACCUUUGAGGGUUGGACAGGAUUCGCCCCUCGACAAGCGUCUCUUGGAAGCUAGAGACGGCGAUGCGAAUGGAAGCAAGGCUAGUUCGCGAAGAGGCAGCAUCCAAGAUAGUGCGGAUGGCGAAGCUGACGAGGAGGAAGAUUCUGGCAGCGAUCUUUCUGAGCUCGGGGAGAUGGAUAAUGAGAAGAAGCAGCUGAUGACCGAGCUUCAGAAGGCCAGCGAGCGGGCUGAAGAAGAAGAAGAAGCUGAUGACGCCGGCGAUGAUCAGGACGACGCUGCUGGGGAUGAUGGUGAGGAUGGUAGCGGCGAGGAUGAUGAUCAGCAGGAAGAAGAAGAAGAAGAAGAAGCGGAAGAGGAAGAUGUUGAUGACGACGAUGCUGGUGGUGGUGGUGAUGACGAUGAAGAAAUGGUCGAUGCAGGAGACCAGAUCGAAAUCAAAGACUCGCAAGAAAAUGCCGGCGAAGGAGAGGUUCAGGAUUAACGUCGUCAUACUACUGGGUUCACUGGUGGGAAGGCUGAUUGUAUAUGUCUGCUCAGGCCCUGAAUCUCGCACGGCGUUCACAGUUUCAAUGUCCACACAUUAAAGACAGCUUCAUACCAGGUUAAAUUCCUCCUAGAA